AUGGGUAAUCCCGCGUUCUCGUCCUCGAAUAUCAACGGCGUCUACAUUCCCUCUAUUCUCCUGAUCGUCGGAGUGGCAAUCGUCAAGAAAGAAUGGAUUCCCUACGCCGCCGCCUUUGCUGCGAUUGUCGGGGGCUACAAGAUCUUUACAUCGGGUCCAUCGACACGAAAAGUCCUCAAGCCCGAUGAAUUCCAAGAAUUCCCCUUGACCGACAUCAAAAAGACGUCGCACAAUGUGGCCAUCUACCGCUUCGGCCUACCGCAGCCCACCGACAUCCUCGGCCUCCCGAUCGGCCAGCACAUCUCUCUGGCGGCGACGCCCAAGGGCGCCGAGAAGGAGGUGGUGCGAUCGUACACGCCCAUCUCGUCCGACGAAGACAAAGGCUUCUUCGAGCUCCUGGUCAAGUCGUACCCGCAGGGCAACAUCAGCGCACACCUGACGACGCUGAAAGUCGGCGACACCAUGAAAGUGCGCGGCCCCAAGGGCGCCAUGGUCUACACGCCGAACCUGUGCACGCGCAUCGGCAUGAUCGCCGGCGGGACGGGCAUCACGCCCAUGCUCCAGAUCAUCCGCGCCAUCAACCGCGGCCGGCCCAGGAACGGCGGCAACGACACCACCAAGGUCGAUCUGAUCUUCGCCAACGUCAACCCGGAAGAUAUUCUGUUGAAGGAGGAAAUCGAUGCGCUGGCUCGAGAAGAUCCGGACUUCAACGUCUACUACGUCCUCAACAACCCGCCGGAAAAAUGGGACGGCGGAGUCGGCUUCGUCACGGCAGAUAUGAUCAAGGAGAAGCUCCCUCCGCCGAGCCCGGACAUGAAGAUUCUCAUCUGUGGUCCGCCGCCUAUGGUGAGCGCGUUGAAGAAGGCCACGGAGAGUCUGGGAUAUCAAAAGGCUCGUCCUGUCAGUAAGUUGGAGGACCAGGUCUUCUGCUUCUAG